AUGGCUUUAUUACCAAACAGUAAAUUGUUUCAUAAAAACAACAAGGUUGACCCCGAAAAGAAUCCCAAGAUUGUUGAAAAUGUCAUUUCCUCACGACCACCACCAACUCCAGCAAAGGACAUUGCCGAUGAAAGAGCACGCACCAACUGGGACUUGAAGGAAAUGCACGAGUUUUUGGAAGGCAGCGAGGCCAAAUCAACCGAGGUUAUUCGUCUCUACCAAUCCAUCGAACGUGACCCAAUCUUGCAAACAAGACCAGAACAAUUUGACUUGACACAAAAGGAAGAGAGACAAGUUGUUGCUGAAAGAAUCGACCAAAUGUCCAAAUACAUUGAAACUGAAUCCUACUCAAAAUUUAGAAGAAGAUUACAAUUGAUGACUGUAAUUGACCCAUCAAUGGGAAUCAGAAUCUUGGUCAAUUUGGGCUUGUUUUUGAACUGCAUCAAAGGUAACGGUACCCAAAAGCAAUACGACUUUUGGGCAAAAAAGAAAGAAGCAGGCUCUUUAAAACAAAUGUACGGUUGCUUUGGUAUGACCGAAUUGGGCCACGGCUCCAACGUUGCUGGCUGUGAAACAACAGCCACCUUUGACGAAGAAUCUGACACUUUUAUCAUUGAUACCCCACACAUUGGUGCUACCAAAUGGUGGAUUGGUGGUGCUGCCCACUCGGCUACCCACACUGUUUGCUAUGCUAGAUUGAUUGUUAAGGAUGUAGAUUAUGGCGUCAAGACAUUUGUUGUGCCAUUGAGAGACUCACAACACAAUUUGUUACCUGGCAUCGCUGUUGGCGAUAUCGGUGCAAAGAUGGGCAGACAAGGUGUCGAUAAUGGUUGGAUCCAAUUUACUGAGGUUCGCAUUCCUAGAUUCUUUAUGUUGCAAAGAUGGUGUAAAGUUAGUCGCCAAGGAAAUGUUACCUUGCCACCAUUGGAGCAAUUGAGUUACAUCUCACUUAUCGAAGGUAGAGUUGGUAUGGCUGCAGACUCUUAUAGAAUCGGCGCUAGAUUCACCACCAUUGCAUUGAGAUAUGCCGUUGGUAGAAGACAAUUUGCCAAGAAUGGUGCACAACAAGAACUCCAACUUAUCGAUUAUACUUUGCACCAAAGAAGAUUGCUCCCAUACUUGGCAUUGACAUAUGCAGCAGCAGUUGGUACCGACAGAUUGGAAGUUGAACACAAUGAAUUAUUGGCAAACUUGGACAAAGGCUUGGCCACAAACGACAAGUUGUUGUUGAAAAAUACCAUUAACUCUACCAAGUCCAUGUUUGUUGACUCUGGUUCAUUGAAAUCUACUUUGACCUGGGAAGCUUCAGACUUGAUUGCCGAAUGUAGACAAUCAUGCGGUGGACACGGUUACAGCUCGUACAAUGCAUUUGGUAAGACAUGGAACGAUUGGUCUGUGCAAACCACUUGGGAAGGUGACAAUAACGUUUUGGCAAUGUCUGCUGGUAAGACCAUUAUCAAAAAUGUUCAACAAAUUUUGAAUGGUAAAAAAUUGAAAAACUCAAGCUUGGAGUUCCUUAAUGAUGCACCAACCUUGUCAAAGGCCAAAAAGGCGGUAAUUAGAAUCAAGGAACACGUUGACGAGCCACAACGUGUCUUGAAAGCAAUUGCUGCUUUAAUCUCCAAGUUUGCCGUUGACUUGAUUCCAAUUUCUCACCAAUCAUGGGAUGCAAUUGGUGCUCAAAGAGUAACAUUGUCCAAGUUGAGAUGCCACUACUACUUGUUGGAAACUUUUAUUGAAAGGUUGGAGAAUCAAGUCAAGGCAAACUCACCAAUUAGACCACAAUUGGAGAACUUGCUCAAAUUGUACUAUGUCACAAACAUCUUGGGCCCAUUCCUUGCCGAAUUUAUCAGGUUUGGUGUUAUUCAGCCAAAGGUUGCUCAGUACAUCACCUCGAUUUACCCACAAGAAUUGUGCUUGAGAGUGAGACCAUAUGUCAUUGGCUUAACCGAUUCUUUUGAACAACCAGACAACUUUAUCCACUCAUUGAUUGGUAAAUACGACGGUGAUAUCUACAACAACUACUUGUCUGCAGUUAAGAUAACAAACAGCCCACGUAACCACAAGGCACCAUACUCUGAGGCACUCGAGCAAAUGUUGAACAGAGUCUCAAUUGAUGAGAGAGCAAGAUUUGAGAGAUCAAAGGAAGUUGAAGCACUUUUGUCAAAGUAG